CCAGCCAAGCCUCUCGCUCAUGCGCACACCCUCGAGGCAGGCAGCUGCCUACAAGACAGAAACCGUCACCAAAUCCUGAGCCGCACAUGUCACGAUACACAACGUGUGUGCGAAGUGCGGGCGGCGCUUACUCGGCGACGGGCAGCGCUGCCUGCAGGCGGUCGUACCAUGGGGGGGGCUCACGUGCUCACCAAGUCCAAGUGUGCAACCACUGCGGGACGGGGUGGGGACGUGACGUCAACUCGGCAACCAACAUCCGGCACGCGCUGGUGGAGAUCCUGCUGGGGCACAAGCGACCUGCAUCGCUGCAGACUGGCGGCGGCAGCGGCGGCGGCGGCGGGGGCAGCGGCAGCGGCGGCGGCGGGGGCAGCAGCGGGGGCGCGUGCGCGCAUCUUGGUAGCGGAGGGGGCGGGAAAGGCCACGUGGAGGAGGAGAGCGCAGCGCCGCCAAAGAAGCGGCGCAAGCGCGCAGGCUGAGGAGCCGGCUGGUGUCCAGGUAGCGGUCCGCGGUGGGGCUGGCAGGGCAUCCGUAGCGGCAUGACAAGUGUUGCGGCUGUUGACACCUGUGCUGCGUCUGGCUACGGUUGGCUCGGCUGUGGCAUCGCAAUCACUAGGCACCUGGUUUGGCUACGUGCCUGUGGAAACCGACCCCGGCUAUGUCCGGGCGAUGAGGUUGUUCGGCCUCAGAGAGUGGAGGGGCUCAGCCCCUGUUCCCGUGACCGGGGAACACUUGUCAAAACUGUGAUCACGCGCCGCGCAGGAAUGUGCGCGGAUGGGCAGCAGGUGUCAAGGAACACCACUCAGCUGAGAGAGCUUUGUGGCCCGGCGGCCUCGACGCCUGGUGGGCAACUGAUGUGUGUCAAUGUCGUGAUGCACGCCGUGGCGGAUACGCGGGGAAUUGGGGUGUGUAGAUACCAGCACAAACUAAACCGAACCCAAUGCAAAAGAGCGGGGAGGAGAGCGUGGCCUAUGCUUUGACAACGGAGUGGCACGGGGGGGCACGGGUCCCCGGCACGAGCACAGCAUGUCGCAUACAGCUGCUGAGCAGCCGGCGGUCAGGCGGGCGUGUGGGACAGCAUUCGUUACGGUGGUGGUCUGGUGGGUGCGCCAGGGGUGCGCACUGCGCAGCGCAUUCGUGUCUAACAUCACUGCGCUGCCUGUCUCAGCUACGAGGCUUAGGCACGAGCAGCAACUGAUGCAGCAUCAAUGCUACCUGGUUGACGAGGAAGGAACAGGACAAGGGAUGUCUUUCCGUCAAUGGACUUGCGGCCUCGGGUGUGCUGCUUUUCGGCUUGGCUGCCAACGCAGCCAGGAGGGCCAUGUGACCCAUCGGGAAGGUCGGCAGCCACCGAACUAACGACGGAGGCCGGGAGGCGUGCCGUGCGUAUGGCACCGAUUUGAAUAGCCUUACGUACCCCG